AUGGUCGAUAACGAUACUUUUGCACUUCCCUUUUGGAACUGGGAUAAUCCACCUGGGAUGUUUCUGCCAGUCAUUUUCAAAGACUCCUCAUCCCCACUCUAUGAUAGCUUACGCAAUCCCUCUCACCUAAAUACAGUUCUUGAUCUGUCCUACGAAGGCACUGAUUCAAAGGAUAGUACCACAACAGUGAUAAGAAACAAUCUCUACCUCAUGUACAAGCAAAUGGUUACUCAGUCCACAACUCCAUUGAGUUUUUUCAAAAAAGCGUUUCGUGCUGGUGAAACAUCUGAUCCCGGAGCCGGUUCAAUUGAAACUAGUCCUCAUACGAAUGUGCACGUUUGGACUGGCGACCCUAAUGAAUCUCAUGGCGAGGACAUGGGCUCCUUCGACUCAGCGGGAAGAGACCCAACCUUUUAUUGUCAUCAUGCCAACGCAAAGCCUGUAAAGGUUUAUGUGAAAGACUGUUUGGACACCUCAGUUCUUGGAUAUACUUAUCAAACUGUGGAUAUCCCCUGGCUGAAUAGUAAGCCAAGCCCGCGUAGGACGGCUAUCGCAUUACCAACAGCUCCUACUCCAAGUCAAGUGUUUCCAACGACCCUGGAGAAAGCUAUAACUGUUCUAGUGAAGAGGCCAAAGAAGAAGAGUACCAAGACGGAGAAGCAGAAGGCAGAGGAAGUUCUGGAGAUAUCUGGGAUCCAGUACAAUAUUGGAGAGUUUGUCAAGUUUGAUGUGUACAUCAAUGAAGAUACUCCGGACGAGAGCGGGCCGGAGAAGACUGAGCUGCUGGGGAGCUUCACCAACGUGCCUCAUGGACAUUCCAUGAUUUCUACUACUACUAAGAGUUAUGCAAUAUCUGAAGUUUUGCAGGAAUUGGGAGCGGAUGAGUUUGAGAGCGUCUUGGUUACUUUGGUCCCCAAGAGUAGCACUAUUACCAUCUCGGGAGUCAAGAUCAAGUAUGAUAACACCAAGGUGUCUGCAUGA